UGUUGAAUCCCAAUCUGAACAGCAUCUACUCUAGAAUACCUUCAUUCAUUCAAUUAAUUCAUUAUCAAUUGCUACAAUGUCAUCGCCUUCAUUCUCCGUAAGUUCAAUCCAAUCAAUAGCACUGCAUCUGUUGGACCUAAAUCAUUAGCUACCUAUACAAUACUAAUGUUCCUCUAGCGACUUGUCCGCUUCCUAGCUAAAAACGGUCGUACAUACUACGGCGAUGCCAUUCUACCCAAAGGAGUAUCAGAUAUUGCGAAAGCUACUCAAGCCAAAGUGAUAACAGGUGAAAUUUUUGGGAAGCAUGAGGUUACAGAUCAAAUACAGGAUAUUCGGCUCUUGCUCGCUCCUUUAGCAACCGAAGAUGUUAAGACUGUGAGAUGUUUGGGGUUGAACUAUGAACAGCACGCUAAGGAGGUAAGCAUUUAUGGAUAUGAGUCUUGAAUGCAAUGAAAGAAGAUGGAUUGACUCAAGCUGAGUAUCUCUAGUCAAAUAUGCCGAUUCCAAAAUUCCCAAUUCUGUUUGUAAGUCCAUGUUUCCGUUCCCCCGAAAUUUCAACAACAAUUAACGUCCCAAAGUAUAAACCCAUCACAUCACUCUCUGGUCCCACCGAUUCCAUUCCCAUCCCCGCGAUGGCUCAAGAAGGUACUGGUCUUGACUACGAAUGCGAACUUGUAGUGGUGAUUGGGAAAUCCUGCACCAAUGUCUCCGAGUCUAAAGCUUUAGAUUAUGUUCUUGGUUAUGCCGUAGGUGAUGAUGUAUCUCAUCGUGAAUGGCAGAUUCAACGAGGAGGAGGUCAAUGGGCUCUCGGAAAAGGAUUUGAUGGAUGGGCUCCGUAUGGCCCGGGAAUUGUCUCCAGUAAAUUGAUUGAUCCGCAAAAUCUUCAGAUCUUUACGAAAUUGAAUGGGAAGACGGUACAGGAGAGUAGCACCAAGGAUAUGAUUUUUGGUGUUGCGAAAACUAUUGCCUUUUUGAGUCGGGGAACUACAUUGUUACCAGGAGAUUUGAUUUUCACGGGAACGUGAGUAUUGCGAAUUAUUUACGUUAUGAUUUCUUGAUCAGAAAGAUGCUAAAAUAUGAAUAGUCCACAAGGUGUAGGGAUGGGAAGAAAACCACAAGUAUGGUUGAAGGAUGGUGAUGUGGUUGAAGUUGGAUUAGAAGGGGUAGGAAGUUGUAUUAAUAAGGUUGAAUUUACUCAGACAGCUGAGAAAGCGAAGCUAUAAGUUUCUAGACGUUGAAGCGUGUGAAGUGUGGAUAUCAAUUGAAAUAAGUUCAACAAUACAACAAUUCAUCCUAUAGUCAUGCCUGUGGCAGGGCAUAACGUUCAGCCUGGGUUCAUAUUGAGUUUAAUGAGUCCAAGCAGUUGGAGUCAGAGGCAGGAGAUCGUUUAUGGAGAGGAUCAAUGGAGAUGGUGAUUUGAACAGGAUCGAUCUUGAGUUAUAAGAUUAUGUCCAGAGGGAUAUUCAUUGGGCAUCCUUUCUAUAUCUCGAUCUGAUGAUUGACACACGCACGCACUGCCUUUCCACCAAGUGCACAAUGAAGCACAAAAGCCCCUUUGAGCAGUCAAUAGUAAUCCCCUAUAUCAAUCUU